ACUAAUUAAAAAUAAAGGUUAAUGACGUAAGGAUUACCAGUAAAUAAUGAGCAGAAACUGUACAAAGUCAUGCGUUCCUCUUUUAAUAGAGCAGUUGAUAGAGUUACGACACAAAAAAACAGUUUGAGAAGAUUACAAAUCUGGCUUACAUGAUGUCGUAUCCCAGAAAUCUUUAUUCAUAAUGUGACUCUAUAGUUUUUACUUGUUAAAAAUAUAACUAUUUCCGUUACAAAGCUACACGUCGGGGGGUAUUUUUAUGGCGUUGUCAUAGAAACAUGUUCAAGGGUGUUCGUUAAAUAAGAUAUCCAAUGGCGUCAUUAUAUGACCCGAGGCAAAAGUACAGAGCUUUCCCACCGAGACAGAUAUAAACAAUUUAAACCGUAAGCACUAAUAGCAGUGUUCGUAUAUAUUAGACUACUUUCAAUCCACAGUUCACAAUACAAAUCACAUUACUGUUUUACUUACAUUUCCUGUAAGUUUAGUUCUAAGAAAGUGGUAAAGCAUCAUUAAAAUUACCCGAUGUUGAUGAUUUUCAACAUUUUCGGCGACUAUUUAUUUGGCACUAUGGAGAUGAUGCAAAAGGAGAUAAGUAGUUAAUUUAAUUAAUGAUCACUUUUAGAAACGGUAACGUUUGGAAGAAGUGAUACGACAGGUGCCUGCAAUCUGUCGUGACUUUUUUCUCAAUCAAAUGCGGAAAGUAUCUCAGUAAUGAACGUACACACGAUAUUCGAAGCUAAAGGCUGUUUCGUGAUUAAUCAGCACUGACUUUCCGAUCAAUAUUUUUACAACUUUUAGCGGGCAAAAUGUUCAUCCCAGUUUAAACCCUUGACUGCCCGUUCUAUUAAUACAAUACAAUAGCGCAGAUACUUGUCAAUUAUCCUAUAGAAUGACAAAGAAUAUGGUGUGAUACUCAGCCGCUGACAUCAUAAGCUGAUAUGUUAUAGCUUCGAAUUUUCCGUUCCGUAAUCAGUUUAAGGUCGGCGUGAUGGAAAUACUCUCUGUCGCGCUUGCCACGAGAGCCAAGCCUCUUGUUUGGACUGAAACAGUUUUGCUUGCUGUUAUCAAUGUCGUGGCCCUCUUGAGCAAUCUUCUAACUUGUUACGCCGUGUACAGAAACCAAACCCUCCGUACACUUUCCAAUAUGUUUGUAAUAGCACUUGGUGUAAGCGAUAUUCUCAUGUCUACCUGGUGUAUGCCGUUUUCAGUUGUAACUCUGUUCCACGGUCAGUGGAUAUUUGGCGAGCGUUUUUGUCGAUUUCAUGGUUUCGGAGCCUUGACAUUUGGACUGGCUUCUCUUCAGACUAUGGGAUUAAUUGCAGUAAGUCGAUAUUUCUGCGUUGUCAAACCAGAAAAGUACAUGGUGUUGUUCAAAAAACAAAGAGCUUUGCUGUACAUUGCUGCUGUUUGGUGCGCGGCUCUCGUUGGAUCUGUUCCUCCAUUUUUCUUCAACAACGGCGGAUUUGAGUUUCAGCCGGGCAAAGCGAUGUGUUUGUACACAUUUGAAAGCAAUAUUGCUUAUACUGUCUUUAUAGAGUGCGUUUAUAUCGCAGCGCCCUUAACCAUAAUCACAAUCUGCUACGCCAAAGUGUUCUACACAGUAUCCAAAUCAAAUAAAGUUUUUUCAUAUGAAAAUAAUCAUCAUCAACUCAGAGCGAACGUGGAAGAAGCAAAAGUGACCAAGACUUUAGCAGCAGUAAUGGUCGGCUUCACAUGUUGCUGGCUUCCUAUCUCUGUCAUGGAUAAUAUUGACGCCGCGCGCGGGGAACACACUUUGCCGCGACAGGCGUACCUUACAUACGCGUUCUUAGCCUAUUUGAGUAGUACCAUCAACCCCUUCAUAUAUGGCGCCACAAAUAGGCUGUUCAGACGAGAGUACAAGGUUAUUCUGCGUAACAUUCUUAGCGUCCGACGCAAAGUUAAGAACAGCGCUGUGGAAGAGCUGGCAAGACAAAUUAUCUUUCAAAGUAAAGAAUUUAACCUUGUUCAAUUGAAUGACACAGUCCAAGAUAAUGAAAGACUUUCUGAAUGAGCAAGUAAAAUGCCUCGGGAACUGAUGAAUUAUUAUUGAGUUUGAGAAGUAACAAGUGCAAACGUUUCCUACACUAAAAUAAAAUAGAAAAUCGCAUGUUACACAAAUUAGUUGAAAAUCCAACUUAACACAUUUCUAUAUAACAAACAAAAACUACAUUUCUAGGAAAACUAAUGCACCUGUUAUGAAAAAAUCUUGAUAAGUACAUUAUGCUAGCGGCCAAGACAGUGCAAGCACUAUACCAAACUGUUAAUACUUCGGUACAGUACGUUAUUUGUAGCUGUUUUGGAAAUUUUCUGUAGUGUAUAGAGUGGAUCUGCAUCAUGAAACUUGAAUACAAUUUUGAUGUCCAACAUGCAGUUAAAGGUAAGUUGUGCUUAAGGUGGCCGAACACAGUUUUCGCGCGCGGUUUUGCUGAUGCAAUUGAGCGCGCGCACAAGGAUUGCAAAA